AUGGAUGUUCUUUUUAUCUUUCUUUUAUUAAGAUUUAAUUUUUUAUUUCAAAUUUCAAAUUUAAUUUAUUAAUUUCUUUUUAUUUCUUUUAUCUUUUUUUAUCUCUUUCUUUUCUUUUUUUUAAAGCAAGCAAGCAAACUCGAAACUGUGCAUUCCUCAAAAGAUCUCAAUCUAACUUAGAAAGAAAGGCAUUUUGUUUGGCCAGAUGACAUUUUGAAAUACUAAUUGCUCUAAUAGACUGAUAUCUUUGAUGCGAUAAAUUUUUUAUAUGUUAAAAACUAUGCUAUUUGGCAAUAAGACAAUUAAAAAAUCAUCUAAACAUUCCCUGAUUGA